AUGGGUAGCAUUCUGGGAGGCGGGGCUGGCCUCUUCCUUCUCGUCGGCGGUGGCCUUGCAAUCAAUGCGAGUCUAUUUAAUGUCGAUGGUGGUCAUCGAGCCAUCAAGUAUUCUCGCUUUGGCGGGGUCAAACACGAGAUUUACAACGAAGGAACGCACUUGAUGAUUCCCUGGGUAGAGAUUCCCAUUGACUACGACGUGAGGGCCAAGCCAAGAAGCAUCGCAAGUCUCACUGGAACGAAGGACUUGCAAAUGGUCAACAUCACCUGCAGAGUCCUGUCGCGACCGAGCGUUGAUGCCCUUCCCACGAUCUUCCGAGAGCUUGGCACUGACUAUGACGAGCGAGUGCUUCCGAGCAUCGUCAAUGAGGUGCUCAAGUCCGUCGUGGCGCAGUUCAACGCUUCGCAGCUCAUUACGCAGCGAGAGAUGGUCUCGCGUCUUGUGCGCGACAACUUGACGAUCCGAGCGCGGCGCUUCAAUCUCGUCCUUGAUGAUGUGUCCCUGACGCACGUUGCCUUCAGUCCCGAAUUUACAAAUGCUGUCGAAGCCAAACAGAUCGCGCAGCAGACGGCAUUGCGUGCCGCGUUCCUUGUUGACAAGGCCCUGCAAGAAAAGGCAGAGACGAUCGUUCGCGCACAGGGAGAGGCAAGAAGCGCUGAGCUCAUUGGUGAAGCUGUCAAGCGCAACAAGGGCUUCCUCAAACUCAGGAAGCUCGAGGCGGCAAGGGACAUUGCCACGGUCCUGUCAAGCAGCAACAAUCGCAUUAUGCUCGACGCUCAGUCGCUGCUCCUCAACGUCGCAGACGAAGACCCUGACGCAAAUCGAAAGUAA